AGUGGGUGGGUGGGUUGGUUGGGAUUAAGUGGUCCCUGGUAAACUAACAGCACAGGUAGCUAGCCAAGAGCCAAAAUAAGAGUUCCUGUAAAGAGCAGCCAUGAGUCAUUUUCAGGGGCUGGUAUGUGUCCUGAGGGCCGGAAGAGGUUUGUGGUGGCGAGGGUGCGGAGGGUGCGGAGGGACUCUGUCCCGGUGCAGGCCCCAUCCCAGGAGAGGUUGUUCCUCUGAGGCUACAGUGGCUGGGGCAGUGAGCAGCAGCUCCGGCUAUGUGGAGGAGAUGUACUUUGCUUGGUUGGAGGAUCCUAAAAAUGUUCACGAGUCGUGGGACGCCUUUUUUCGCAACAGGAAGGGAGCACCUAGUCCGCCUGCAGAGGAGGUUGCGAGACGACCCUCCACCCUCCUUCAGGGUCGAGUCCUGUCCCAUUCACCUGACACAACGCAAAAAGUGGUUGAAGACCACCUGGCAGUGCACACGCUCAUCAGAGCCUACCAGAUCCGUGGUCAUCAUGUGGCCCAGUUAGAUCCUCUGGGUAUCCUGGAUGCUGACCUGGACUCCUUCGUUCCUUCUGAUCUCAUCACCACCAUUGAUAAAUUAGGGUUCUAUGGUCUUGGUGAGUCUGACCUGGACAGAAGCUUCCGACUUCCUCACACCACCUUCAUCGGAGGAGGAGAGACCACCCUCCCUCUGAGAGAGGUCAUACACAGACUGGAGGCGUCCUACUGCGCUCACGUGGGCGUUGAAUUCAUGUUCAUCAACAACGUGGCCCAGUGUCAGUGGAUUCGGCAGAAGUUCGAAACCCCUGGGAUCAUGCGGUUGGGCGACGCUGAGAAGAGGACGCUGCUAGCUCGCCUCGUCAGAUCAACACGGUUUGAGGACUUCCUGGCCAGGAAGUGGUCGUCAGAGAAACGUUUUGGUCUAGAAGGCUGUGAAGUCCUCAUCCCAGCUCUUAAAACCAUCAUCGACGUCUCCAGCGCCGCCGGCGUCGACAGCGUGAUCAUGGGGAUGCCGCAUCGGGGUCGGCUUAACGUCUUAGCCAACGUGAUCCGGAAGGACUUGGAUCAGAUCUUCUGUCAGUUUGACCCCAAGUUAGAGGCCGCUGAUGAAGUGAGGAAGCUCGGUAGAGGUAGCGCCCCCCAUGUGGAGACACGUUUGUGUGAGCUCCGUUAUGGCCUGCAGGGUUCAGGGGACGUCAAAUACCACCUGGGGAUGCACCAUGAGAGAAUCAACCGUGGGACAGAGAAGAACAUCACGCUGUCCCUCAUGGCCAACCCGUCCCACUUGGAAGCGGUGGAUCCGGUGGUCCAGGGAAAGGCCAAAGCCGAGCAGUUCUACAGGGGCGACACGCUCGGGAAAAAGGUCAUGUCGAUCCUGAUGCACGGAGAUGCUGCUUUCGCUGGGCAAGGUGUCGUGUACGAAACCUUCCACCUAAGUGAGCUCCCCUCAUACACCACCCAUGGGACCAUCCAUGUGGUGGUCAACAAUCAGAUCGGCUUCACAACAGACCCUCGGGUCGCUCGCUCAUCUCCUUACCCGACCGAUGUCGCCCGAGUGGUCAAUGCUCCCAUCUUCCACGUUAAUGCUGAUAACCCCGAGGCCGUCGUGUACGUGUGUCGUGUGGCUGCGGAAUGGAGGAACACCUUCAACAAGGACGUUGUCAUCGACCUGGUUUGCUACAGGCGCUCUGGCCACAAUGAAAUGGACGAGCCCAUGUUCACUCAGCCUCUGAUGUACAAGCAGAUACGCCGGCAGGAACACGUGCUGAAAAAGUACUCCGACAAACUCAUUGCCGAGGGAGUGGUCACGCUGCAGGAAUUUGAGGAGGAAGUGGCUAAAUAUGACAGGAUAUGUGAGGAAGCGUACACCAGCUCCAAGGACGAGAAGAUCUCACACAUCCGACAUUGGCUGGACUCGCCCUGGCCCGAUUUCUUCACAGCAGAAGGAGAACCUAAGACCAUGAGUUGCCCCCCGACGGGACUGGACGAGGAGAUCAUGCACCACAUUGGCCAGACUGCCAGCUCAGUACCUCUGGAAGACUUUACCAUACAUCCUGGUUUGUCUCGUGUCCUGCGCAGCCGAGCUGACCUGGUUAAGGCUCGUCAGCUGGACUGGGCCCUGGGAGAGUACAUGGCCUUUGGAUCUCUUCUCAAAGGUGGCACCCACGUGCGGCUCAGUGGGCAGGAUGUGGAGAGGGGCACUUUCAGCCACCGUCAUCAUGUCCUUCACGACCAAGAGGUGGACAAACGCACAUGCGUCCCCAUGAACCACCUGUGGAGCGACCAGGCGCCCUACACAGUCUGCAACAGCUCCCUGUCGGAAUAUGGCGUCCUCGGGUUCGAGCUGGGCUUCGCCAUGGCCAGCCCCGACGUCCUCGUUCUCUGGGAGGCCCAGUUUGGAGACUUUCACAACACUGCCCAGUGCAUCAUAGACCAGUUCAUCAGUUCCGGUCAGGCUAAGUGGGUCCGCAACAACGGCAUCGUGCUGCUCCUCCCGCACGGGAUGGAGGGAAUGGGUCCAGAACAUUCAUCAGCCCGACCUGAGCGCUUCCUGCAAAUGAGCAAAGAUGAUCCAGAUCACUUCCCAGAUUUUGGCGGAGAUUUUGAAGUGCAGCAGCUGUACGACUGUAACUGGAUUGUGGUCAACUGCUCCACGCCUGCUAACUACUGUCAUGUGCUCAGACGGCAGAUUCUGCUGCCGUUCAGGAAGCCGCUGAUUGUCUUCACGCCUAAGUCUCUGCUCAGACACCCUGAUGCCAGGUCCAGUUUUGACGACCUCGCCAAAGGUACGAGAUUCAAGAGGCUGAUCCCGGACCAGGGACCUUCUGGACAAAGUCCGGAUCGAGUGAGAAGGUUGAUCUUCUGCACUGGGAAAGUCUACUAUGAGCUGAGCAAAGAGAGGAAACAACAGAACCUGGAGAACGAGGUCGCCAUCAUCAGACUGGAGCAGAUCUCCCCAUUCCCUUUCGACCUGGUCCGAGCGGAGGUGGAGAAACACAACAGCGAGGCUGAGCUGAUCUGGUGUCAGGAGGAGCACAAGAACAUGGGCUACUACGAUUACAUCAGGCCUCGUCUUCUCACCGUGGUGGCCAACAAGAGGCCCGUCUGGUACGUCGGGCGGGACCCUGCCGCCGCUCCUGCGACAGGGAACAAGUCCACACACCUGAACGAGCUGAAGAAGUUCAUGGAAACGGCCUUCAACCUCGAUGCCUUCCAGGGGAGGAAAGCUUGAACUGGACUGGAGGUGCAGUUUUAUCUCUGGGUCUUUUUUUAGGUUACUUAACAUGUUUUACUAGUACAAAUAUACUAUACUAUACAAAUUAUGCAAAUAGCAAAAUUAUAUUUUUAAUCUCAGGCAGAUGUGUCCCAACAUUUUUCCAGGGAGGGCUUCAUCGUGAAAAAUGAAAAGAUGCAAAUUUGCCACUUUGCCAUUGUGUAAAGAAGUUAUAGACCAGGGGUCAGCAACCCGCGGCUCCAGAGCCGCAUGUGGCUCUCCAGCCUCUUUGUUGCGGCUCCCUUUGCAAUGCUUGAAUAUUUUUUAGCACCCGUGUGGUGAAAAUGCACGUCUUUGUUAUGAGUUUACAAAAAUCCAACUUUGUGUGAGACCAUGAAUGCAUCCUGACUGAGUUCUGACUGGUGACUGAAUGAGCAGACAGGAUGCUAUCCAGUUCUCUCUGACAGGUUAACAUGAAGGGAAAUGAGUAAUACUUUGAGUUAUUUGAGUUAUUAAUUAUUAUUAAUGAGUUAUUUGACGAUUCUAAAAAAUAAAUUAGAGCUCAUUUAAAAACAAAAGUUUAUCUCCAGUACUAGCAAGAGUACUCCAACUCGUCUUUUUUUUCCCCUCCAAUGUUGUUUUAAACAUACAACGUUUUGCGGCUCCAGGCUAUUUUUCUUUAGUGGGCAAGUGGGUGAAAUGGCUCUUUUCAUAGUAAAGGUUGCCGACCCCUGUUAUAGACUGUUUAUUUCAAAGAAGAAUGCAUCUUGUCUUAGUGAUAUACAGCGUGAAAAAUGUCUUUUUUUCAAUUUUUGCUCUUUUUCACUCCGUUUUGCUGUUUUCCCCCAAAAUAUUUAAACUUUGUUCUUAAAUAAUCAUCAUCAUUUUCAUUCAUUCAUUCAUUUUCUACCGCUUUUUCCUCACGAGGGUCGCGGGGGGUGCUGGAGCCUAUGCCAGCUGUCUUUGGGCGAGAGGCGGGGUACACCCUGGACUGGUGGCCAGCCAAUCACAGGGCACAUAUAGACAAACAACCAUUCAUACUCACAUUCAUACCUAUGGACAAUUUGGAGUGGCCAAUUAACCUAGCAUGUUUUUGGAAUGUGGGAGCAAACCGGAGUACCCGGAGAAAACCCACGCAUGCACGCGGAGAACAUGCAAACUCCACACAGAGAUGGCCGAGGGUGGAAUUGAACCCUGGUCUCCUAGCUGUGAGGUCUGCGCGCUAACCACUCGAUCGCCGUGCAGCCCCCUCGUAACAUUUUGACUUUCUUAUUUUUUCCCACAACAUUACAACUUUUUUUUUCUUACCUUUAUGACCUUUGACCUUUUCCUUGUAAUAGCAUAACAUAUUACAAGUUUUUUUUCCCAACACCAGAACUUUUGUCAUUGUUUUCUUCUUGCAACAUUACAGCCAUUAAUUCAUUCAUUCAUUCAUUUUCUACCGCUUUUUCCUCACGAGGGUCGUGGGGGUGCUGGAGCCUAUCCCAGCUGUCUUCGGGCGAGAGGCGGGGUACACCCUGGACUGGUGGCCAGCCAAUCACAGGGCACAUAUAGACAAACAACCAUUCACACUCACAUUCAUACCUAUGGACAAUUUGGACCUAGCGUGUUUUUGGAAUGUGGGAGGAAACCGGAGUACCCGGAGAAAACCCACGCAUGCACGGGGAGAACAUGCAAACUCCACACAGAGAUGGCCGAGGGUGGAAUUGAACACUGGUCUCCUAGCUGUGAGGUCUGCGCGCUAACCACUCGACUGCCGUGCCGCCCACAUUACAGCCAAUUUGACAAAAAUUUCCAAGUUUUUUUUCCUAACACUAAUCAUAAUAAUAUUCUUCUGGUUCCUUUGUGGGUUUACUCUCAUAACAAUCACUACAUCCUUCUUUCUUAACUUUGCAACCUUUUUUUUGGAACACCAUGCGUAUCUCUUGGAACAUUAUGACUUUUUUUCUGGCAACAUUUUUUUCAUCACUUCACACAAUGUUUUCAGAGCCAUAUAACUUUAUUCUCACCCCUGUAACAUAACAACGUUACAACAACACCACAACUUUCUCCAUUGAUGAAGAUAAGUCGAUUGCAUAACGACAUUAAUAAGAUUAUUGUUGCGGAAUGCUGAUUUUCAUGUACCAUUACCACUUGUGGACAUGACAUUAUGACUUUAGCGUUUCUCCUUUUACACGCAGCCCCCGAUGUAGUUUCAUCCUUACACAGUACCUGUGUAUAAAGAACACUUUGAUAUAUGUGAUAUUAAGUAAUUAAAGUGCUUCUGACAGGCAUCAGUAGACGCGUGUCUGCCUUUGCUUUUUGCCAUCUGAGCCGUUAGUGAAGGAAUGCCUCUUUAUCGUCACAGCCAUCCUCAUUAGCAGACAUCAACCAGCUGGCGCAGAGACUUGUUUACUUUUUGCGACAUCAGGCUCGAACACACACACACACACACACAAACGCCGCCAACAAAGCCCGUGAGGCUCGACGGGCAGUUAUUGACGCUCGCUCGCUGGUCUCCUUUGAACCCUCAUGUGUAAAUAAACAUCAUAGCUAUUUAACUGUCUCUUUGCGUGCAAAUGCUCCAUUAAAGUACACUUGAAUACACAGAGUAGAUUGAACCUGCGAAAGCUGGUGGAGUCACAAAGCUCAUACGUGUAUAUAUGUACAUAUAUAACGUAUACACUAAUGUUGGUCUUCCUGUGUGUGUGUGUGUGUGUGUGAGCUGCUAACAUGCAUCACUGUGUAUAUGUUACAUAGACUUCAACUACGCGUCUGCUUGUUCUUAUAGACAAAAAUAAAUGCGGUACAGUCCAUAAAUAUCACCUCUACUAUGUAUGUUUCAUAUAUUUCAUACAGUAUAUUUGUAGUUUUUUUACAAUUGCACCUCCACAGCAGGCCUUAUGAUACAAAAAUAAACACAUCUAGCUAGUAGCUUUGCUUUCAAUGCAAAAAACACCACAAUAAAAUAAAUAAUGUAUAUCUUAUAAAAUAAUAUUGUACCAAAAAUGCUUCAUAUAAUGAAUUACAGUUAAUUAAUCUUAAUUAAAGAUAAUCUAAUAUUAUUAUUUGGGUAAUACCAUUCGGGUCUACAGAAUAACUCAGCUGGAAAAACCAGCAUAGACCAUCUACCACCACAGACCAGCAUACAUUGUUUUUUUUCACUGGUAGCUGGUCUAUGCUGGUCUGGAGGUCCAGCACAAAAAACAUAACAUAUGCUGGUCUUGCUGGUACCUGGUCUAAGUCGUUUUUUUUUCAGCAAUGCUACACAUUCAUCUAAGAAGCACUAACCAACCAGGAAGCAGCAUGCUCAAAAUUGCCUGCUUUUAACGUUACCUUAGUAAACAUGAAAAGCGGUGUCUUACUUUACCUAGCAACCAACUGACACACUAUUUGAGCAUUGACAUUACAUUGCAUCUCUUUA